UCACGUUUUGUGCUGUGUUUACUGAGAGCCUUGAUGGCUGCCUACAUACUUCAGUUUCACUCAUUGUCAGAGCAGCCAAUCAGAUUAAUUUGAGAGUUUGGCAGCUCGGAGGACACAGAGCAUGUGGACAAGGAGGCCUGUGAAUGAUAGGAGUCUGAUGGGCAGUUUAUCCUGGGACUUCUCAUGUCAUCUUCUAAACUGAGCUGACAGUGGGAGCUUCACUUCUCAGGCAGGUCUCCCCCCUCUAAAUCCAUCAUGCCACUCUCCAUUGAUGAGCCCAUCUGCCCCAAGUUCCAGCCCAACAUCUUUGACCCCCUCCGCUGCCAUGACUGCCUGCGCCAGAGGCACCUGCACGCUGGUGCAGGAGAGAACACUGAGGUAGCACCAAAGCAGAAAUCCACCACAGGAGGCACUGGAACUGGGAUUGGGAGUGGGACAGGAGUGGUGUUAACACCAAUCCCGUAUCAGGCAGCGGAAAAAGACACCAGCAGCAAGGAGGAUUCUGACGGUUUGUCAGUGGUGAGCAGCUACUGUGAUGUCAAUGGAGGACGUCCAGGUUAUAGAGAGAGCUCUUUGUGCAUCCUGAGCCCAGACUGUGAGCUUUAUAUCUGUGACGGAGACGACGACGACAGCACUGACAGCUGUCGUGAUCAGAGUGACUACCAGGAGUUCAGUGGCUCCAUCAGUGGAGAGGACGAAUAUCUGCCAAUACGUCGACAAUCUACCAAGCUUGGCAUGACUCGGCUCGACCCGCCGCCCCACCGGCCCAACCCUCGGGCCUGGAUGGAGGAAGCUCGGAGCAGAAACGGCUUCACCGGGCGAUCAGGGAUAAAAGAUGAGAGAGAGAAGUGUGAAAGUGGCUACUUCUCCUUGGGGAAGGCAGCGGGCGCCCGUUCACUCCGUGAUAACAGCCCGCCUUCUCCUUUCCGCCAUUUUGAGAAAGGACAUCCUCUCUUCAGCAACAGAAAUGUCGAACCCAAAGACACCAUCCCUUUUAGGAACCCUAAUCUCGGCAAGGCCUCCGAAAGGCCGAUACCAGAGUAUUCAGAUGAGGACCUCCCUCUGGAAAUCCCACCUCCUGAUCCUUAUGAAAUUGCUGUUGAGGUUGAGGCACAAGUUGGCCCUCGCUCUCCAAGUCCAACUCCUUUUAAGAUAGCAGAAUCGCUGGGCUCAACAGGCCGGAAGGGUUUCAGUGGUUCACAUAGCCGGGGAAAUCCUUCAUCUCAAGUUUCAUCCUACCAACAAUCAGGACGAUAUGAUUCCUCAAAGCAUAGUUCAAUUCUCCAAUCUCGCUCUUCGUCUCCCUCACGUGGAAAUCUACCGUUCAGACGCAGUGAGUCCACUGUUUCCCUUAGCAAGCAUAAUUUUGAUGGUGGAGGGCGGUCUCAAGGGGCAGAAUCAGGAUCCAGAAGCUCCUUGCAAAGCACACAUGCCCGACGCUUUGAGUCGGGAACGCUGCCAAAAAACUUCAAAUCGCUGGCUGGUUCAGUCAAAUCCCAAUCCAGCACAGUUUCUGACUUUAGGAGUGCCUUGAGGAAAACAGAAGUAAAUGGGACUUGGAGUUCUCGGGGUCAGGAGAGCAGAAGGUCAUCACCCUCCAGGAGGGACUAUAACUCUCAGCGACCUAUGUCUCUCCGUAAAACUGAAACCAUAAGCAGUUCUCCACCAGGACAUGGGCGCGGCAGUCGCACUUCAUCUCCAACUAGGAGAACUUCUGCAAGUCGACAUGACAGUCACAGUUCCUCACCACCACGGAGAAAUUACAGCUCAUCGAGCCAGACCCUCUUACGUAAAUCUGAAUCAAUCAUGUCUCUGAAUGGACGUAGUCACUACGGACGCUGUGGGUCUCCAAUAAGAGAAGGCUAUGACAUUGAAAGCCAAGCUCUGUUGCGAAAUUCAGCAGCAAGGAAUGGACUGAAUGAUCAAGAAAAUGAACAAGAAAGUCCCGCCAUGUCUCCACCCAGGCAAGGUUAUAACACACCGAGCCAAUCCAUACUCCGAAAGACAGAAUCGAACCCUGUUGGUAGCAAUCGAGGUCAUGACAGCCGUUGCUCCUCCCCUGGAAGAAGAGGCUAUGAAACCCCUAAUCAAUAUCAGCUUAGGAAAACAGACACCAGUGGUUCAUUAAAGAGCCGUAGUCAUGAAAGUCGUAACUCCUCGCCCUCAAGGAGAAGCUAUGAGGCACCUUCUCAGUCUCUGCUGCGCAAAUCUGAGGGAAACAGGUCUGUGAGAAGUUGUGAUAGCCGCAGUUUGUCACCCUCAAGGAAAAGCUAUCAUGGCUCAGACCAACACUUACAACGGAAAACACAAACUAACAGCUCCCUGCACAGCAAAAAACCCAACAGUCGCAACACUUCUCCCACUGGAAAAGGCAACAGUGACCCACCAGGAUAUUCUGUCCUCAGAAAUGCCACUAAUGGGGGCUCCAGUCAUUUUUCUCAGAGAAAAAACACUUACAAUGACACAAAGUCUGACUCCAAACACUCGCCACGGUCCUGGCGAGAAUCAACUCACACCCUUCGCAGCUCAUCAUUAUCUCGUUCAGCUUCACCCUCAAGACAGACCACAAGUGGGAACAGAGCAGCUCCUGUUACCUUGGAAACCCCUCGGAGCCCCAGCAGCAGCAGCAUCAGGUCUAGGGGUGGCAGACACGUCCAUGAGGAUCGCUGCCUCUCUCCUAAAGACAAAAGGCCCUCCCUUCGCACACGCAGCCCUUCUCCUGCACCUCAAAUUCAAAUGCGGCGGCACACCUCCUCUCAGAGCUCCAUGGAGUCCUCUGAGUCAGCCCAGCUGUCAGUGGGGUCCACAGGAAGGAACAGGGAGGAGUAUGCAGCAAUGGCAGACCUGCCCAAAGUCAAGAGAAUCCAUCUGAGGGAAGAACCAGGGCACGUGGGACAGCCUCACAACCAGCAACCCCCUCGGAGACAGGAACUCUUCAAACCAGCAAGCCACUCCUUGAGCAAACAUCCAUCCAGAGAGUGGGAUGAGACUGUGGACACUGAAAGAGAAUGGCACUAUAGUGGCAGUGGUUACCUAUCUCGGGCUCACUCCACCACCUCAUUACAAAGGUCUGGCAGUCCCACAGCAGAUGAAGGCAGUUCUUGGAAAGGUGGUCACCACAAAGUAGAACAAAUGCAGGCGGAAGGACACCCAUUCACUGGCUGAGGAUCCUGCAGAGUUCCAACAGCCACUUGAGCUCUCACAGACUUUACUAGAAUGUAUACUCAGGACUGGCAGGAGAAGCUCCACAGUGACUUUUGCAGACUUUUGUAGUCACACAUUCAGCCCCUUGUGCACAAUCUCCAAAGAAUCUCUGGAUUCUGAAAGCAGCUUCAUUGUAUGGCUCUGUAGAGACAAUCUCCCACUCUCUAUUGCACUGUAUGUGGGGAGUGAUGUCAUACAGUUGAUUCUCCUCUUAUCCGUCAUCUUUGAAGUGAAUGCCAAAAAUCCCGAGCACACAUGGUUUGAUGAAUUUUCUUGCAGCUGAGUCUAUUUUAAUAUAUGCUGUCUUUCUGCUUCAUAUUUACCAGACUGCUGCUGGCAGCUGAUCCAGUGCUGACACACAUUCUGUCUAUAAUUAUACAGCUUUUCAUGCACUUGGCAAACUAACCUGCUGGCAUGUCUUUACACUGUGUGGCUUUUAAAAUGCUCAGCAUGUUGUUUGUGUGUGUGUGUGUGUGUAGAUACUUCACCUACACCCUACAGGCAUUUCAUAGGAAUGACUGAGCUUUGUCAAUUGUGGUCUGCUGGGGCAUGUGUUGAAAUUCCUGAACUGAAACCAAUAGCUACCAAAAGAGGAUUUCAGAGGAGGGGGAGUGUCACUCUAUAUGAAAGCCCAAAAGAUGUUAAGUAAGGAAAAUAUAUCCAGUGAAUUAGAUAAACCUUUCCAUGCCAUGGAAUUCUAAUCAAGUUAUUAUUCCUUAUUAUCCUGAUUCUGAGCAAGUCCUUAGAAAGGAAAUAUCACAUGAACCCACUCACGUAUGAUGAGUUUCAGCUGUAUCAUCAUCAGCGUACUACAGAAUGAAAACAAACAAAAAGAGAUAGAUAUAAAUGCAAAUGCACUUUACAUUAUAUUACUAAACUCUUCUAAAUGUUUGUGUUUAUUGUUUUUGUGUGCUUUUGUGUG